GAGACCUUUUGGUCCAUGGCUUCGAGCGGGGGAGGGAGGCCCCGUACAACAAUAGGCAGUAAAUGGCUUGUAGGUGAGAAAGGGAUAGGAAGAGACCAAAUGGUGAGGCAAAUCAAUAUAAUGGAUAAUCAGGAACAAAGACUGCUCCGCAUGGAAAACCAGAAUCAGGACGAGAGGGACGACCCAAAGACCGUGGAAGCAGUGACUAACAAUUGUAGCACGGGAGAGCAGAAGAGGAGGCGGACAUGGGAAGCUAAGGAACCAGAGCGGAAACAACCAGGAGAUGACACUAUGAUGCUGGAAGGAUAAAAAAUCAGGGAUGAGGCGGGCUGGAGCCCCCAGACCCGCCACAAUCAGUGAAGUUCUGGUGCACUUGGAGAAUAAAAGUUUCUUUUACUUUUAGACUUAUUUUUAUAUUUGCUGAGUUUUAUUAUGGACAUCGUGUGUUUUUGUUUGUUGUUACGUUUAGUUUUGUCAAGACUCUAGAAAAUAGGACAUGUGAUGGGGAACUUAGUUUACUAGUCAUUGGCUCCAGUAAGCCCAAUUCAGGAUCAGCGAAUCUGGUAUCUUCUUUCGAGAUGGUAGAUUCUAAGUCUGGUUCAAGGCGGACGGUAGACAAUGAGUUCUUUGUCAGUUUGUAUCCUGCUUACGUUCUUUCUUAUUAAUAUAAGCCACCUGCUUCCAAA